AUGGCCCUCGACGCAAUGGACCUCGAUACCUCCCCCGCGCCCACAGACGUGGAGCGCAAACGCAAGCACAAGAACAAGGAUGCCUCGCCGUCCAAGAAGCGCAAGCAAGUCGACCAAACCGCCGACAAAACCAAGUCCAAGUCCAGUUCCAAAAAGGACAAAUCAAGCACAAGCUCGACUGGCGCUGGCGCUGGCGCUACGACUGCCGGAACCCCCGGGUCUCCCUUCUCCCUCACCACGGCCACACUAUACCUGCCGCUGGCGCCGAUUUCCAUCUCGUCAAACGUUGCGCUACAAUCGCUGCUCACCGAGCAUAUUUCCCCGCUGCUUCUCACUUAUUACCCCCCGUUGAAGGGUAUCGUUCUGGCCUACAGUCAUGCCUCGAUCUCCGCUACGCCUCCUUCCUCUACACCCCGCAAUUCCUCCGCCGAUCCAAACCCCAAGCCGCUCACUAUGGCUCGCAGUGCCGACGAGUACGGUGUGCUUUACCUACUUUCCUGGUGUUCCGCCCGCAGCGCGGCCAGACCCUGGAAGGCUGGGUCAAUGUUCAAUCGGAGGGCUUUUUGGGGAGCUGUUUUGCUGAAUUUGUUCUCCGUCGGUAUCGAGCGCAAGCGUCUCCCCACAUCGUGGACGUGGGUUCCUCCCGGCGAAGACUGUGAAACGUCCGAGGGUGCCGUAAAAGAUUUGACUACGGAUGAUGAGUCCGGUGUCAAUGCUGUGCCACCAAGCUUCGACGCCGAGAAGGAGCUGUUCCAGCCCGCUGCGCUGGCAGCUGACGAGCUCGAUAUCGAUGGCGAGGCGGAAGAGGAGGAGGCAGCCAGUGGACAUUUCCAGUCUAUCUCUGGUCACAAGGUGCGCGGGAAUAUCAAAUUCCGCGUUGUUGAUAUCGACGUGAUUCCUGGCUCGGAACGGGAUCGUGGCUUUUUGAGUAUUGAGGGGACGAUGUUGACGGCGGAAGAGGAGGAGGCACUUUUGGCGGCGGAGAGACAGGGCCAGGCACUGCCUCCUUCGUUCUUGGGCUCACCCAGGAGGAAGAAUGGCAGGAUUGUGCCGAUUUCAAGCUCGCCGGCCGCGGAUGCGGUGGUUGAUGUUUCUGUUGUGGAGAUCGAGGAGCCUACUGGUGAGAGUGUGAGUGUGUCCGAGCCCGUGGAGAAGAAGAAGGAGAAGAAAGAAAAGAAGGAGAAAAAGGACAAGUCCAAGUCUAAGAAGGAGAAGAAGGAGAAGAGCAAUAAAUGA